AUGGCAACAAAAUGUGCUACCCCUGCAAGCUUAGCCUUGCCAAGGGCCCUUCAUAGAUUUUUCUGCUCCGAACUCCCUCACUCCCCGCGCCCUUCUCUUUUUGUUCGCUAUUCUCGAACUCUUCAACAAGCUAGGCAAAUCAGUUCGAGUCGGUUCCACCACGACCAGGAACAGUCGCAUCGCGCGGUUUCCGACCAUUUCAAAACCUCCGAUAUUAAGACCUCUGUGAAGUCCUCCCAUACUUCCUUUAAAUCUCCAUCCGACUCCACCACGAAACCUCACAGAACCCCCAAAGCCGGCAAAGAUCGCAAGACUGCCAAAGAUACAGAUAAGAAAUGGAACAAGAUCAACAAAUUAAACCAAGAGCCCAAAGUCAAAAUGGGGCCUGAGGAUUGGCAGAUUCAAAAACAGGCGCUCAGUCAGAAGUUUCCCGCAGGUUGGAAUCCUUCAAAGAAGCUCUCUCCCGAUGCACUGGAUGGAAUACGCCAGCUGCACGCAAGUGCGCCCGAGCAAUUCACAACCGCUGUCCUAGCUGAAGAGUUCAAGAUCUCGCCUGAAUCGAUUCGUCGAAUUCUGAAAAGCAAGUGGAGGCCGUCUGGCGAGGAGGUUGAAAGUAGGCGCAAACGAUGGGAAAAGAGACACGAGCGCAUUUGGAGCCAUAUGGCCGAGCUUGGUCUUCGGCCAAUGACUAAAUCCUCGCUUCCAUGGGCAGAUUCACAAACUCUGUAUAAGGACAAUGGCGAAGGCGAAGGCGAAGGCGAAGGCGAGAGCAAGAAAUAG